GUUGCCGUCGAGCCAGAUCAAGACCUAUGAUGAAAAAAAAAAAAAGUGUCAAUGGUUGUUGUACGUCAGCCAUUCUUAAAUGCUCUGUUUCAGGCUCUCAGCUUUGAAGAAUUGCAAAUGGGUUCCUUUUUUUCCUUGCUUGUUCUGUUUCUGACGAUUUCUCCUCCACAUUCAUGUUCACCAACGUCUCAAAACACUUUGAGCAUAGGCUUCUCCCUCUCUGUGGAGGAUCUAGAUCACUUGUUGAUUUCACCUAAAGGAAAAUUCUCCGCUGGUUUUUAUCCUGUUGGAAAUAAUGCUUACUGCUUUGCCAUAUGGUUCACCCAACCUUCAUGCUCUAGGGAUCGUGAUUGUGUUCUAGUAUGGAUGGCGAACCGUGACGUACCAGUUAAUGGGAGACUUUCAAAGCUAUCCCUACUCAAAACUGGUAAUCUUGUCCUCACUGAUGCUGGUCGAUCACCCGUUUGGUCGGUCACUAAUACUGCUUCGCUCUUUUCAUUGCGUCUGGAACUAUACGACUCAGGCAAUCUUGUUCUACACGACUUGAAUGGUAUUAUUUCAUGGCAAAGCUUUGAUUCACCCACAGAUACUCUGCUUCCCCAACAACUCUUCACCAGAAACACUCAGCUCAUUUCGUCAAGAAGCAGUUGGAACUUUUCUACGGGGUUUUACAAGUUCUAUUUCGACAACGAUAAUGUUCUCCGUCUUCUUUAUGAUGGGCCUGAGAUCUCAAGCGUUUUCUGGCCAGAUCCUGGGUCUUUGCCCUGGGAAGAGCAGAGAUCUACGUACAACAGCAGUAGAAUUGCCAUGCUCGAUUCCUUGGGUAAUUUUUCUUCUACUGAUAAUUUCACUUUUUUCUCUGCUGAUUACGGAGAGAAGCUCCAAAGAAGAUUGAAGCUUGAUUUCGACGGUAAUCUUCGCUUGUACAGUCGAGAAGAGGGAAAUGGGUCUUGGGUUAUUUCAUGGCAGCUCAGUUCUCAGCCAUGCAUUGUUCAUGGAAUUUGUGGACCCAAUAGUGUUUGUUCCUAUGAUCAUCGCUCUGGUAGGAUGUGUUCUUGCAUUCCAGGGCAUAACAUUGUAAACCAUACGGACUGGUCUUAUGGUUGUGAACCGGAAUUUAAACUUUCAUGUUCGAGUAGUGAUGCUAUUUUCCUUAAACUCCGUCAUGUUGAAUUUUAUGGGUAUGAUUUCGGUUUCUAUCCUAAUACCACCUUCGACGAAUGUAAAAACAAAUGCUUGCAGAGAUGCGAUUGCAAAGGAUUCCAAUUUAAAUUUAUCAAGCACGACCAUCCUAGUGAUAUUCCUUAUUGUUUCGCCAAGACGCUCUUGCUAAAUGGACAGCGUUCGCCCAACUUUGAAGGAGAUCUAUAUUUGAAAGUGCCUAAGGAAAGACAGCUCUCCGAUGACUGGACUGUUGACGAAUUCAACUCCUUUAUUUGUAACAGCACCCAUAAUGUUAUCGAGCUGGAAAGAAAGUAUGUGAUAAAUCAUAAGGCUUGGUCUGUGAAGUUCUUGCUUUGGUUUGCAAUUGGGGUUGGAGUAUUCGAGAUUUUGGGCAUAAUUUUGGUGUGGGCUUUGUUGCUAAGAAACCAGUUGAACAGAGGCGAAAUCACACAAGGCUACGUUCAGGCCGCGACUGGUUUCAAAAGGUUUACCUAUGCAGCACUGAAGAAGGCAACACGAAAUUUCAAAGAAGAAAUUGGAAAAGGAGCGGGAGGAAUCGUGUAUAAAGGCAAAUUAUCAGAUGAUCGAGUUGCAGCAAUUAAGCGACUAAAUGAAGCUCACCAAGGAGAAGCUGAAUUUCUAGCAGAAGUAAGCACCAUUGGGAAGGUUAAUCACAUGAACCUAAUAGACAUGUGGGGAUAUUGUGCUGACGGGAAGCAUAGGCUUUUGGUUUACGAGUAUAUGGAGCAUGGAUCCUUAGCAGAAAACCUCUCUUCCAAAGCACUUGAUUGGAAGAAGAGAUUUGAAAUUGCCGUGGGCACUGCUAAAGGAUUGGCUUAUUUGCAUGAAGAAUGCUUAGAGUGGGUUCUGCACUGUGAUAUAAAGCCACAAAACAUUCUCUUGGGCUCCGAUUACCGGCCAAAGGUGUCAGACUUUGGUCUAUCCCGUUUGGUAAGUAGAGUUAAAACUGAGAAUUCAGGCUUCUCAAAAUUGAGAGGAACCAGAGGUUACCUGGCCCCUGAGUGGAUUUUCAAUCUACCCAUCACCUCUAAAGUGGAUGUCUAUAGCUAUGGAAUUGUUGUGCUGGAAAUGGUAACAGGAAAGAACCCGGCAAUGGAUGUUGAAUAUGUUGACAAUGGUGAGAAUGUGGAGCAAAAAGGUUUAGUAGCAUGGGUGAGGGAGAAAAAGUCUGGAGCAGCCGCAAAGGAAUCCUGGGUUGGAGAGAUAAUAGAUCCCAUAAUGGGAAAUGAUUAUGACACAGAUAAAUUAGAAAUUCUAGCUGAAGUUGCUUUGCAGUGCGUAGAGGAAGACAGAGAUGCAAGACCCAACAUGGGCCAAGUAGUUGAGAUGCUUUUGCGUGAUGAAAAUCAUCCUUAACUACAGAGGCCCUGCUUCUACUAAUUUCUUGAGUCUUAGCUUUUCUUUGUAUGUUGUCUUGUCUAUAAUUUGCUUUCUCUCUUCCUGCCUAGAUAAUGCAUUAUGUCUAUCCGAAGCAACAAUUGGGAUGAGAUCGAUGAGUCUCAGAUGUACAAUAAAUAAUUUGCUUUAGGAAUGCUUUUAUGUUUUAUCCUAUUUACAUGUAUUAAUCUGAUGACGCAUAUGGAGCUACAAAAUAUUACUUGGAGCUUUAAGAAA